ACAAUAUGGUCCACGUUCAUUUAAUUCAAUAUACUCGAGUAUAUCCAUUUUAAAGCAAGUGAGGUUGAAUCUUAAAACCAUCCGGAAAACUUCCAAUUUUGGCGAUCAACAUUGAUGGACUCAUCCAGAAUCUCCGUCCGGCCAUUCAAACUAUCCGAUGCCGACGACUUCUUCUCAUGGGCCAAAGAUGACAGAGUAACACACUACCUAAGAUGGAAGGCCAUCGCCUCUAGAGAAGAAGCAUUGGAAUAUCUCAAAAAUGUUGCCAUGCCCCACCCUUGGCGUCGGUCCAUAUGCCUGGAUGACCAUUCGAUCGGCUACAUUUCAAUCCGGCCAGAAUCCGGCGACAACAAGCAUAGAGCACACAUUGGGUAUGCAAUAGGUGCAGAGUAUUGGGGACAAGGGAUAGUCACAAUGGCAUUGAAGAUGGCCAUUUCUAGUGUGUUUAAAGAGUUCUCUUAUUUAGUGAGGAUAGAAGCUUUGGUGGAGGUAGAAAAUAAGGGGUCUCAAAGGGUACUAGAGAAAGUUGGGUUCCAAAAGGAAGGUUUUUUGAGGAAGUAUGGGUUUAAUAAGGGUGAGAUUAGAGAUAUGUUAAUGUACAGCUUCUUAGUGAGUGACAACAUCAUAUGAAAGAAUUUUCUUUGGUUGAUCAGCUUAUUUUCAUCAAAAAAUAAAUAAAAACAGCUUUUAUCAACGUUUUUGAAACGGGUUCUAUGCCUGUUUAUGUAUCCAA